AUGUCCCGAUCUAGGAGAAGUAGGUCUAACCGAUCUAGCACCAGGUCAAUGGAGAAUGCAAUUUCUCGCAGAUCUCGACAACCUACUUCGUCUGUGGAACUACCAUCCACUAUGGUCCUAAAAGUAAUUGAUGCAAUCACUCAGGACAAGGAUAUGAAGGGAUCAUCUCUUCAGACGAUCUGCAGACGAAUUGCAGCCGAUUAUAAGGCUAUGCCUGUCAAACUGCUGAAUGGACAAAUCAAGAAGGCGAUUAUCAAGGGACUCAGCAGAGGAUUUAUAGUUCGUCCAAGAGGCUCGAAGGCCAAGGGUACCGUUGGACGCUUUCGCCUUGGGAGGAUCCCUAUUUUAAUGGAAUCUCAUCGUUACUGGUCACGUGGAAAGGCAGACAAUGACGAUGAUGGCGACAGCAAGGGCAAAUCCCAUAAAAAACGUAAACGCAGUAAGAUCAGUAAAAAGGGAGCCUCAAAGAGCAAGAGCCGAGGUCGCAGCAAGAAACAAAAAGGCAAAAAGGGCGGCAAGAAAUCAAAGUCGCGCAAACAAAAGAAAGGCCGAAAGUAG